AUGUCCAACAUCUUCUUCUGGUUACCCAUGGAGGACCAGGCCAAAGUCUAUGCUUUGAUGUGGCCCGGGAACUGGAAGAAGAAGAAGAAGAAGAAGAAGAAGAAGAAGAAGAAGAAGAAGAAGAGUUCCGCGUCAUUGGCGUCCCAGAGCAUGGGCGCAUCUGGCUCUGGACAAAAAGAGAAGGCGAGUAGCGAUGGUGGUAGUGGCGGCAGUAAGGAUGGAAAGAUGGAGACUGAGGUCGAGACGGUGGAGUACAAGGAGUCAUGGGCGCGGUAG